CCGGGUACCUACCAACAAAACACCACAAAAAAAAAAGUCUCAUCAACUUCCAUCUCCCCCCCCAAGCAACAACAAAAAGAAGUAAUAACAAUAAAAAAAAAUGUCCCCCCUCAUCCUCCCCCUCCUCCUCACCCUUCUCAAACUCCUCGCCGCCAUCACCGCUCUCUACACCGUCCACCUCAUCCUCGCCUUCCUGCACCCGUACCUGUACCCGCGCAUCUCCGGGGCCGAAGCCCUGUCGCUGAACCGGUACCUGCACGCGACGAAGGGGAAGCCGGCGUGGGCUUUUGUGUCGCACGUCGCCACUUCCCCCUCCCACUCCCACUCAGAACUCGAAAAUGAGCAUGGGGAAGGAACGAUAGGCCAAGCCCUCGCCUUCGAGCUCGCGUCGCGGGGCUUCAACGUCGUGCUGCACGGCUCGGACCUCGGCGCGCUGCGCGCGGUGCGGGACGCGCUGCUGCGGCGGUAUCCCGAUGGCAGGUAUCGGGUCGUGGUCGCCGCGAGCACGGACACGACGAGCGUGAGCGCAGCCGCAGACAGAGACGGAGACGGAGACGGAGACGGAGGGGCAGAUGCGUUUGUGCGACGGGUCGUGAGCUCGCUCGAGGACGUGAAUCUUACUGUUCUUCUCGUCACUGCUGCCGCUACCACCACCACUAAGAUUAGCGACAGCGACGACGGUCACGACAACACCACCACCACCUCGACCCCAGCACCAACCCUAACCGCAGCCCUAUCGCCCCUCCUAGCGCGCAACGCGCCCGCCCUCAUCAUCCAUCUCUCCUCUCUCCCUUCCCCCCCAUCCCCAUCCCCAUCCACAACCCCUACCCACAGCGUCAUCAAAACCCCCACAAGCAAUAUCACCACCCUCCACUACAAACUCCUCCCCCUCCCCCUCCCCAUCCCCAUUCCCAAACCGCGACAGCAAGAACAAAGCCCGUCCCUCCUCCACCCUCCACCCUCGGUCCUGGCGCGCGCCAUCCUAGCACGCGCGGGCUGCCAUGACGGCGACGAGGGCGAGGGCAAGGGCAGCAACGUGGUAUACCCCUAUCUCCCGCACGCGGUGGUGCAGAAGCUGCGAGGGGUGUUGCCGGUGUGGGUUGUGGAUUGGGUUGUGGGAGAUAUGUAUAGUACCGCCAUGCAGUUUUAGGUAGGUAGGUAGAUAGAUACCUAGUGGGAAAAGAGGGGGCAAGAGACUUACUUCAAUGUUGGGAAAAGAAAAAGAGAAAAAAAAAAGGGGGGGGGGGGGGUUGAUGGAUUUCGAGGUCCCGCGUCAAGAUAAAGUACGGAUACAGUUGACCCAGCUUACCAC